GCUGCCAGUUCUCCCGCUGUCACUAACAUGCGGGAUUACGAUGAAAUCACCGCUUUUCUCGGAGAAUGGGGACCCUUCCAGAAAAUUAUCUUCUUCCUCUUGAGCCUCAGUGUCUUUCCCAAUGGUUUCUGCGGACUGUCUAUAGUUUUUGUCGGGGAUAUUCCUGAACAUCGCUGCUUCGUUCCCGGGAAUCUCAACCUCAGUGAAGCGUGGAUGAACCGGACUAUCCCUCUGGAACAAGCCAAGGGGAAACUCCAGUACAGCAAAUGUAGACGGUACCGGUUGGAUGUGAUCAGGAAUCUUUCGGAGAUAUUUCCUGACCCAGAUUCCGUCAAUAUUUCUGAGGUGGAACAGGAGCCCUGUUUGGAUGGAUGGGUGUACAGUAAGGAUCAGUACAUGUCCACCAUCGUCAGCGAGUGGGACUUGGUGUGCAACAAUGAAUGGAAAGGGCCUUUUUCUAUGCCAGUCUUCUACAUUGGAGUGCUGAUUGGUUCCUUCAUUUCUGGACAGUUAUCGGACAGGUUUGGCAGGAAGGUAAUUCUGUAUGGAACUAUGGGCGUUCAGAGUGCAUUCAGCGUGCUCCAAGUCUUUUCUCCAAACUGGGAAUUAUUCUGCCUUCUCAAUUUCUUUGUGGGUCUUGGGCAGAUUUCAAACUAUGUGGCUGCUUUUGUUCUCGAUCUUUCAAGCAUUGCCACAGUACUAGUGAUGAUUGGAAAGUUUGCAGUCUCCUGUGCCCUUUCCAUGGUUUAUGCCUACACUGUUGAGCUGUAUCCAAUAAUAGUAAGAAAUAUGGGUAUCGGAACAAGUACAAUGGCUUCCAGGCUGGGCAGCAUCAUCUCACCUUACAAAUUCUAUCUUGCAAAUUCAUAAAUGGGCCUCAGGCUGAGAAUUCUGGGUUUGAAAAUUGCCUCCUCUAACUCAGAUAAUCCUGGAAGAGGAAGGAAUCUCAGAGGUUCGGAAAACAGGUAUUUAUUAUGAAUUUCUACCUUUUAUUCUGAUUGGAUGUGUUACAAUUCUGGCAGCAAGUUUGGUCAUGUUUCUCCCUGAGACAAUCAAUGUUCCUCCCAGAAGUUAUUGACCAGAUGCAGAAAUUCACGUUCAUAUCUAGGCGUAAUCACAUUAAUCUUGAACCUUUGUAUAUACGUGGAGUGACUGAAGAAAACAGUAUUGCCAUCAGAAACAAGGAGGAAAUUUAAUCCAGCCCUCACGACAGAUCAGUGGGAAUGAAGAAAUGGACAAGAAAUCAUUUCUUUACAAUUUAUGCCACAGUCAAAUAUUAUCAACAAUGGAAAUAACAGUGCAACCAAGAUA